UGCAGUGCCCCGCAUGCGGCAGCCUCCAGCCUCCGGCCUCCGGCCCCCGGCCCGGGUCUCCGGCCUGUUUCCACCAUGAGCUGUCGCUUUAAGAAGCCCGUGAGUGCGCAGAGGCGCUACAGCAGCGCGUCACAUGAUUCUUCUCUUGUGACAGACCAGGCAGAAAGGAAAAGCCUUUCCGACUUCCAGCCGAGUUACCAGGCGCUGCGAUGACAGAUUUCUCUUGUUAUGGUACCAAAGGACCAACCGCACGGAGGGAAAUGGAGCUAAGUUAACCAUUACCAGACUGACUCGGGCCAUUCCUGUCUUCAAAGUGGACGUUUAGUGAAGAUUUGAGGUUGUUGCGCCGACGGGGACAAAGUUGGCGCAUGGAGAGGGACGAAGUUUCAUUUUGGCGCAGCGUCUUUUCUUUGUUUUCUUUGUUUUUGUCGCCUCUGCGUGUCAGUCAGCGUCGCGCGGCUUUUCCGGCAACACGAGACAAGUAGCCGCAGUUCAGUUUUCGAGCCUUCCCGUCGCCCAGUUUGUCGAGUUAAGGACAGAGAAGCGGACAAGUUGAGGACGCAUCACGUCGGCUGAGAUGGUGGACAGCAAACCUCUUCUUCAGGACAGACCUCCCGCCUACAACGCCGUCCCCGGGGCUUAUGAGUACGGCCCGCAGCAACACAGCUAUGGGGCCAUCCCCCCGCCGGCCCCGCCGCCGUACCCGUACACCGACGGCCAAGGAUACCCAUCAGCCCAAAUGGCCCCUGCUGUAUCCCAGCAGCCCUAUGCUGGCACCUACACCAUCAUCCAACCCUCUGUAGUGGUGGUGGGAGGCUGUCCUGCCUGCAGAGUCGGUGUCCUGGAGGAUGACUUCACCUGCCUGGGUAUCCUGUGUGCCAUCUUCUUCUUCCCCCUGGGGCUCCUCUUCUGCUUCGCCCUGCGUCAGAGAAGGUGUCCCAACUGUGGCGCCACCUUCGGCUAGAGGGACCAAACCGCAGCUCAUGCACCUGCUUGUGCUCUCAUGCAUAUACACAGAGACACACACACACACACACACACACACACACAAUCCAGCAUUUUUUGUGUCUUUUGUUAUCCUCUCUUAAUAUUGCACAUAUUGCUGUUGCCAUUAUGUUAUGUACAACAAAUGAUCAAGAUGAUAUUACCAUGAAUUAUGAUGUGAGUUUUUAUUAGAGGCACGUGUAGGAAUCAGUUUUCAUCUGCUAGUUGAGGAUGUAUUCUAGCAUAUGUAAGUGUUGUCAGUGCCUUCACCACAUGCUGAGUGAUCAUCAGAGAUUCCAUCAGUCAUGAUUUCUUCUGUAGAUUUGGCUCAGAGGAUCUGAGCAGAUUCCUUUAUGUUUCGAAUAAGCCGGAAUUAAUUGAGGCACGCAUAGUUUUUGUGCCUGACUUUUUGUUUUUUCCUUAUUUUUUUGUUUGCGUUUCGUCUUUGCUGGCACGCUGCAGACACGUUUUUUGGUUACCAUUGUGCUUAAAGCAUCGUACUCACCACAGCUUCCAUGUAGAUCACCGAUGUAUCUUUUUCCAGAAAUGCAAACCUGACUUUGGCUCAGUGUGUCACAUGGAAUAACACGAGCAUGAUUAAAAAAAAAAAAAAAAAAGAGGCGUAAAGAUCCUUGGAUGUGAAGUGUCCCGGCUGGAACAGUGGACUUGCCUCAGACAGAAAGCCUGCACCGUUUUGUCUGUUUUUGUUGAUAUUAUUUCUUGGGGCCAUAUUUGCACUGACUGUUUGUUUGAUGAUUAUUCUGCUGGGUUGUGCUUUUCCAGGGCCAAUGCAGACCUCAGGUACAUACAAUCUGAAAUGCCCUCGACUUUACAACCUCAAUCGCUGUUUGACAUCGGACUUCAAAAAGCACUCUUUAUGUCAAAGUCAGACUCCUUUAACGUGUGGAGUACCACUUCCAGGAAGCAUGCUGAGAGUCAACGCUGAAGAAAGCUCUCAAAAUUGUGUAUAAUCUCUGGAUUUUUAUCUUAGUACUCUACUCUGUGACAAGUCACCCUGCCCCAUUCCUCCCAACCAGACAAUCAGUCGAGAAUGUCUACGUGUAUCUGCAGUAUCUCCAUGUCUACGUCUUCCAUCACAGCAAGAUGUUAUAUAACUGUCCGUGGCAGAAGAGAAAGAUAUAACUGUGUGGGAGGGAUGUAAAAAAACAAAAACAAAUCUUGCUUUAGAAAACACACUACGCACGCUCUUAUGAUUGAGCUUCUUACUUUUUAUAUAUGAGUUACUGUAAUUAAAAAUGAAUGCUACUUA